UUUAGACAGGGCUUUAAGCUUGACCGGAGGGAACUUGAACUAUGGGCAGGAUCUGAGGCUCCGCAUGGGAUUGUCGGACGAGGACAUUUAAAAAAUUUUUUGCGUUUGUGUGUAACCUAAAACCACAGAGUGUUAGAAAUAACAGCCGCUUUGAGAUCAGCAUCCACAGUGACCCACAUCUGAAAGGGCUUCACCUUAAGACGCCUACUGUGGUUGGCUCGUGCACAGUAACAUGUCCUGUUUAGGGUGUGCUUUUCCUCCUUCAAACAUGGACGCUCGGCAGCCCAAAGCCAUGGAGGACUUCACCACCAAACAAGGCGAUGCCAAAGAAAAUGUCACCGAGGAUGCAGAGCUGGCCAAAGCUAUCAUGUCUCGGCAAUUCCACCCGUCGGCCAUCAGUCCAGAGACAUGGGAGGGAUACAUCUUCUCUGAUCAGGAGAUACGGAUCAAAGAAUCCACAGACCUCUAUGGAGCCGUACUCUGGCCCUCGGCCAUGGUGCUGUGCUAUUUCCUGGAGCUCAACCAAGACAAAUACAACCUGGCCCAUAAGAAUGUGAUUGAACUGGGAGCCGGAACUGGGCUCGUCACCAUUGUUUCCAGUCUGUUAGGUGCAAAAGUAACAUCCACAGACCUGCCAGAUGUGCUGGGGAACCUCCAGUACAAUGUCACACGCAACACCAAGGGCAGAUGCAAAUACAUCCCUCUGGUCAUGGAGCUCACCUGGGGCCAGAACGUGGCUGAGCGUUUCCCUCGUGCUACACAUCGUUUUGACUACAUUCUGGCAGCUGACGUGGUGUAUGCGCAUCCUUACCUGAAUGAGCUCAUGGAGACCUUCGACUACCUCUGCCAGGACGGCACUCAGAUACUGUGGGCCAUGCGUUUCCGCCUGGACCCGGAGAACAGCUUUGUGGACCGCUUUCAGCAGCGUUUCCACCUUGAGGAGCUGUAUAACCUGCCCAGUCUGAGUAUAAAACUGUACCGAGCCUGGAGGAAGGACCAAACAGAGGCUGUGUGAGAUCAUGGCCUCUGUUGGGUUUGUGGGUAGUCGCCUGAGUACAGCUGCACAGAGAAGACCUUCCCUUUGUCUCCAAAGAACCCUGACCGCCUUGGUUCAGAUGUUCUCGUACCACCACCCUUAAGGACGCUGAAUACUUACCGUACUAUGAAUCUGGGUCUCAAAAAUCAUGUUACAUGUCAUCAACAGCAAUUGUUUGUGUGUUUGCAGGCCUGCCAAAAAAAAUGACGGACGUCUGCGAUUAACUGUUUACAAUGCUCUCAGGUCAAGCUACUUUAUUUAGUUUGAAAAUCAAAGGGUAUAAAUAUGUAAAUAACUACUUUCUCAAAUAAAUUCUGCAACUUUGUA